AUGAGUGAUUUUGGUGGACUAGGAAUUGUAAUAGAAGAAAAUGAAGAUAACAAACGACAUAUAGAUCAUGAAUUACCAAAGUUGAAAUUACAACAACAACAAAUAAUUCAAUCAAAUUCAAUAGUUUCAUCUCCGUUACCAACACCAAAUCUGCAACAAUCAUUCCAUCAACCAAAAUUAAGUAUGUCAUCAAAACAUUCAAGUAAUGCUAGUCUAUCUAGUAUAUCACACAAAUCAUCUUCUCAAUCAUUAAAUCAUCCAAUAACGACGAAUCAACAAAUUCUUCCUCAACAAACUUCACCAAAAUUAAAUUUACAUAUACAAUCACAACAACAACAGUCUCAACCAAUUUCACAACAAAUCAUAAAUGAUAAUAAAAUUGAAAUGUUAUUACCUCCAUUACCAGAUGCACCUGAAGAUUUAAGAUCUCCAUUAAUAUCAAAUUAUAAUUCAAAUAUACAUGAUGAUCAAAAUUCAACUUCUUCUAUAACUUCAAACGAUAAUCAACAACCAAGUAAUCAUGAUGAUACAAGUACUAGUCAAAGUGUUUAUUCAAAUGAAUUUAAUCAAAUUUAUCAAAAUAAUAAAAGUUCUUUUUCAAAUUAUGCAUUAGAUUUUCCAACUAUAGAAGAACAACAACAUAAUCAAUCACUGAGUAAUUUAAGUUAUUUUCCAACUUUAAAAAGUUCAAAUCAGACAAGUACUGUUAACUUACAUGAUUCAUUAUCGAGUAUACCAUUAAAUAAUAGUUCAAGUUCAGUACCACAAUUAUCAUCACUAACAACUAAUUUAAAUCAAACUAAUUCAAGUGAUUCAUCUACAACUACCGAAAAGACUAGUCCAUUAAAAAAAUUAAAAAGUUUAAAAAAUGGUAUAAGGAAGUUAUCUUUGGGAAGUAAUAAUAAUUCGAAUUCAAACAUAUCAACUCCGAUUACUCCAAAAUUUCCUAAUUUAGCUUCAACAAAUUCAGUUACAAAAUCUUUUACAUUAAGACCAACUUUAACUCCAUUACAAUUUGAUAAUGAUAAUAAAUCUUCAAAUUUAACAAUUGCUACACCAACUCCAAUCCCGCAACCAAAUACUUCAAAUACGAACCAUCAACAUCAUCAUUCAUCUUCUUCGUCUGCAUCUACAUCAUCAUCACUUACUUCAAUACUACGUGCAAAAAGAGUUAGAGCUUCAUCACAAGGUAAUUUUAACAAUAACAAUAACAACAUAAACCCAGUUUUUACACCAAUUACUCCUCCACCAAUGGUAUCACCAAUUAUUACAAUAAGUGAGAAUUUACAAUCAAGUAAAACAACAAUGAAUAAUAUGGAACAAAAUUAUUUUGAAUCUUUAGCUACUCAAACAAAUUCAACAAUUUCAUCAACUACAUUAACAUCAUCUCCAAAUACCAAAACAAUUCAACCAAUAACAUCAAUUGAAGAAAUGAAAAAUAUAAAUGAUUUAAUAAAUUAUUUUCAUUUUUUAUAUAAUCAAAAACAAUCAAUAAGUAAAAUAUUUGAAAAAACAAAAGAAAAAUUAAAUAAAUCUGGUUGGUGUUCAACUACAGAUUUAAAUAAUUUACAAUUACAACAAGAUUCUCAAAAUUGUCAAAUUGAUUCAACAAUUGCUAAAAUUGAAGAAAAAUUAAAUAGAGAUUUUAAUUAUUCUAUUAUAAAUCAAAAUAAUUAUUUUACUGAUGAUGAUAAUGAAAAUGAAAGAGAAGAUGAUGAUGAAGAAGUUGAAGAUUACGAUAUUAAAGAUGAAUUUAAAAAUACUAUUAGUCCAAGUUUAAAAGUUUUAGAAAGUAGAUGUUUUUCAUUCAAUGAUAUUUAA